AUGUCCUAUUUGUCACCGUUGUCAUCAUGUUCAAGUCCUGGAUGGAAUGACCCGCCAACAGUAAUUGAUCACAGCAAAAAAACUUCAUCUUCAGGAAGCGGUGCAUUGAUUAACAAACAUCGCCGUCCGGUGCAUCCUUCAAUUCAGGUACUGUUAUGUGCUCCAUGUGACACAAAAUUAUUUCUUGCAUCAAGCAAUCAAGUUGUACUUUCGAACUCAUUGCAACCAGUUUUUUCACCUCAAACACCAUUGUCGACUUUUAAUCCAACAUUAGUUUCAUUUGCACCGUCAGGUCAAGGAACACCUAAUGCGGUAAUUAAUUCACAGCCUAUGGCAUCAGUGCCUGUACCAAAUCAUACAUGUGUGGAUUCAUUCAUUCCAUAUUCUCCAUCUGUGUCUGCAGAAACAAAGAAAGUAGCGCUGGAUGAAUCACUGUACCCUCAACAGCAAAAGCAUCGUUCGGUUUUUGAUGCUUUUACUAUUACAGGGAACAAAGGUGCCAUAUUUACUAUUUCCUAG